AGGUGAUUGACAAGAAUGCCUUCAAGCCUAAGACAGACGGAAUCUUCCACUGCCGACUGUGGAGGUUCGGGGAAUGGGAGGAUGUAUACACUGAUGAUAUCCUGCCUGUAGUAAAAGGAACAAAUGAAUUAUUUGGAGCUCAGUCAAAAUCAGGAACUAACGAAAUGUGGGUUUCGCUGAUGGAGAAGGCUCUUGCAGGAUGUCACGACUCGUACAAAGUUGCUGAAGGAGGCAUGCCAAGUGAUGCCUAUCUAGCAUUGACAGGAGGUGUGCCAGAGACGGUAGUGAUGAAAUACACCAAUCACAGCGUCCUGUUUCAACGUAUAGUCAAUGCACUGAAGUGUGGAGCCUUUGUGACUUGCUCCACGAAAUCAGGCACGUCAUCAUCAAACGGAAUAGUUCCAGGUCACGCCUACUCUCUGAUUAGUGCACAUGAGAUAACGAAAAAGAACGGGAAGAGGGUUUUCCUCUUGCAGAUGCGCAACCCAUGGGGGUCGGAUGAAUGGACAGGGAAGUGGAGUGACAAGAGUCCUAAUUGGAAGAAGUUAACGGAUUUGGACAGGCAAAACCUCUUAGAGGACAAAGAGGACGGGGUGUUCUGGAUGGCACUGCGAGAUUUCAGAGAGAUUUUCUUCAUAACGACUGUGUGUUCUCUAACCCCCGAUUUCGACAUCAAUGGACAAACCGAGCAGUUACAUUACGUUUUGAGGAUAUUCGGGGAGUGGAAGGGAGGUUCCAGAGAUGAUGAAUCCGAUGCGCAGAUACUCCAAGACAAUCCAAGACUGGCAUUCACGGUUCCUCAUGAAGACGGCUUUCAGGAUUCUGUACCUAUCGUCGUCCACAUCAUCCAGCGAGCUGACCGUGGGGAUGAAAUGUACAACAUUCAAUGUAAUCUGUUCAAGACGAAGAGUCCUGACGAUGAGACAGUAGUCACUACCGUCAAGCGGGAGCAGGAUGAGACACACUACGCUAAAAUGCGACAGCGUACAUUCCGUUUCGAACUCACCCCAGGUCGUUACAUCCUGGUUCCUUCCACAGGCGAUCGCGAAGGAAACAGAGACUAUCUGGCCCGGGUGUAUUCACCAUAUCCACUGUCCGACUGCAGCCAAGUAGCAGACAACACAGACAUAGUCUUGGAGCAGUAACGGCGUCAAUACUCCCGGAGCAACACGGAUCCCAUGACAGAUGGAUGAUGCCAAAUGUGGCAGUGUCCAUAUCUUACGUGACUUAGAGAGUGAGUGAGUUAGUGCACUUUGACGCCGCUUUGAACCGAAUCCAAGGUAUAUCACGUCUUGUCAGGGUACGUUGGCCAGCUCGACGUGAUGCUGGUCUUAAACGUGUACUACUUUACUUAAGCCCACAAGCACGGGCGUGGUGCUGAAGAACCGAAUAGGGACUAAAACCCAUGUUCCUAGUUUUCUGGUGUGCUCAGGGGACAACAGGAAAUCCAGCAGAUUAAUAUGGCAUAAUGACUCUAUAAGGAUGUCACGGAAGAAACAACUUGAUUUUAUAACAAUAGAUUUUAACAAGGAAGAUAAUUUUUAUGAAUGUCAACUUCUUCAUUACGAGGAACACAACGUUACGGACUCUUUUCCUCAUAUUUGUCUUCUUCAUGCCAUUCAAAGACCUAAUAGAUUUUCAAUACAUAAUACAGAAAUAUAAGUUUCCCGAAUAAUACCUAAGCAUGAUGAUCAGAGGGUGUCCUGAGAAGA